AUGCCAGCUCCUACCGCGCGCCUAGACAAGCAAGAAGAGAGCGAGCUCCCCGUUCAGAAGCAAGCCCAGAAUGAAGAAGAUAUCAUGAUAGACACGACUGGUGCUCAACCAGAAGAGCCCUUAGCACCACCGCCACAGGACCAGGGAGACAGUGAAAUGGCUAUUGACGAGGAAGGACGACUACGCUUCACCCCCAUCAAAUCAUCGGGCGACGCAUAUCGAGUUGAAACUCGCAAAGUACCGAUCCCCCCUCAUCGUCUGACGCCUCUCAAGGCCGAGUGGCCAAAGAUAUACCCUCCGCUAGUCGAGCAUCUGAAGCUCCAAGUACGCAUGAACAUGAAGAAUCGAGCGGUCGAGCUGCGUACUUCAAAGCACACGACCGACACGGGAGCACUACAAAAGGGUGAAGACUUUGUCAAGGCGUUCACUCUUGGGUUUGACGUUGAUGAUGCCAUUGCCCUGCUCCGACUGGACGACCUCUACAUUGAGACUUUUGAGAUUAAAGAUGUAAAGACACUGAACGGCGAGCAUCUGGGCAGAGCUAUUGGUCGAAUAGCGGGGAAAGAUGGAAAGACAAAGUUUGCUAUUGAAAAUGCUAGCAGGACUAGAGUUGUGCUCGCAGACCAGAAAAUACAUAUUCUAGGAGGAUUCAGAAAUAUCCAUGUUGCUAGGGAAGCAAUCGUUAGCUUGAUCCUGGGCAGCCCUCCGGGCAAGGUAUACGGAAACCUGCGUACUGUUGCGUCACGAAUGAAGGAACGAUUCUAA